ACCCCUGCUGUGACCCAGGCUUCAUAAUCAUUUCUGAGAAGCCAAAGUCAUUUUAACAAAAUUCAGCCACCACAGUGGCAAGGAAGUGCAGCCACCCCCAAUUCUAUUCUCAUCUGGAUAAAGGUGCCACCGAAGGCCAGCACUGAGCCCCAGACGCAGGGGGGUCCCAGCAGCCCCUCCCAGGACUAGAGUGAAACAGGAGCUCGGCCAUCGGGACUCUUUAUUCUGUCCGGGACGUGCUGCCAAAGAGAGGAGAGAAAAGCAAGCCAGAGAGUCGUGAUCCAGACGAUGAGCAGAACCUGCAGGGAGGUGCAUCAUUAUGACACUUGCAUCGUCUGCGGAGCCCGGUGAUGUCACCACCAACAGAAGCUCCAAGCACCAGGGUCUUUGAUCAAGACCCAAGAACACGAUGCUUGGGAGGCACCUGUCCUCCUGGGCCCGCGCUGGCCGACCCCCCUCAUCCCCCUAACCCCAGGAGAGAAUGAAUUCUAAAAGAAGAAUUCUGUUAUUGAUUUCCUCUGUUUUAUCACUGAUCUUGGUGGACCGUUAUUUCAGGAACCAAGUAGAACCUCGGCUCUCAGACUGGUUUACACCUAGAAAUCGCCCUGAUGUCAUAACCACAACGGACUGGCUCGCUCCGGUCAUGUGGGACGGGACUUUCGACAGACAAGCCCUGGAAAAGUAUUACAGACGGCAGAACAUCACCGUGGGCCUGGCUGUCUUUGCUACCGGCAGGUUCGCAGACGAGCACCUGAGGUCGUUCCUGCAGACGGCGAACAAGCACUUCAUGGCCGGCCACAGAGUCGUCUUCUACAUCAUCGCGGACAUCCUCUUCCACCUGCCGGCCGUGGAGCUGGACCCUCUGCGCACGCUCAAGGUGCUUCCGGUCGGCAGGGAGAGCCGGUGGCGCGACCCCAACCUCGUGCACAUGAGGAGCCUGGGGGAGUACAUGGUGAGACGCAUCCGGGCCGAGGUGGACUUCCUGUUCAGCAUGACGGUCAACCAGGUGUUCCAGAACGAGUUUGGGGUGGAGGCGCUGGGCGCGUCCGUGGCUCAGCUCCACCCGUGGUGGUAUUUCAGAAACAGCAGGAACUUCCCCUACGAGAGGAAGCCGGACUCGGCAGCGUACAUUCCCUUCGGACAGGGAGACUUCUACUACGACAGCUCCAUCGUCGGCGGCACGCCCCAUAACGUCUUGAACUUCAUCGAGAAAUACCUGGGCGGUGUCAUUCAUGACCUCGAGAGGGGACUCAACAGCACCUACGAGAGGCACCUAAACAAAUACUUCUUCCUCAAUAAGCCCACCAAGCUGCUGUCGCCGGAAUACAACUGGGACGCUGCCUUCUACCCGCCGGAUGAGAUCCACUACGUGCGGGUCGUGCAUUACUCUGAAAGCAGAUUUGACUCUCCCCCGGGGUUUGCCAACUGACGAACGCCCCCCAGCGAUUCCCCAUCAACACAGGACACCUUACAGCCGCCCAUUCUGGGAGGCAUAAACAUCCACACCUUUCCAAAACAAACUUUUCUUCUUGCGGUCGUGAGCCGUGCAGUCUGGCGAAUGCCGGGUGAAGCCGUGCUCGUGCAUUGCCACCAUUGUUUAUACA